ACGCACAUAGAGAAAUCAGAAAAUCACCAUGGCUCGACAAACGCGCUCUCAGCGGGGGCCGCAAGCGUCACAGUCCCAGCCCCCGCGUGCCACUCAAGCCGGCCGUUCGCGACGGGCGCAGGUGGAGGAGGAGCCAGAAGAGGAGCAGGUCGCACAGGACGUGUACGACGAGGACGAAGGAGAAUUGGAUAAGGCUCAAGGGGAGAUCGAGAAGAAGGCCCGCGACCUGGUGCGUCUCGCUUUGUUCAACGAGCAGAGACGGAUGCCUCUAAGGAGAGACGAGAUAUCCAAGAAAGUGUUGGGAUCGGCUUCGCGCACCUUCAGUUCUGUUCUCGCGGCGGCAAACCAGAUCCUGCAGAAAACAUUCGGGAUGGAGCUGGUCGAGAUGCAAGCGAUGCCUUCGGACAAAGACAUGAGCGAGAAGGAUGCGGAUUUACUGAAGACUACAGGGGUCAAGAAGAAAGCCGCUCCUACCGGUACAAAGUCGUACAUUCUACGUUCCCUCCUCGACCCCACGCUCAUAGAACAGGCAUGCGCGCCCGACGCCGAGAUCCGUGAGAUCGAGCAAAAGGAGCACGUCGACGAGAACGAGGAGUUUGCCGAGGAUGACAACCCCGUCGGCCAACGGUCGACCGGAAGCAUCUUCGCAUGGCACGCGUCGGACCAGCUCGCGGCAACAGGCAUCCUAUACGUCGUUCUCGCGCUCAUCCUCGUCGAAGGACGCGUGGUCAACGACGGUGACCUGCGCGCGAUGCUCAAACGCCUCCAACUGCCCGCUAGCGCGUCGGUCCCGCUCAGCAGCCAAGCGACGAACAGCCAAUCGCUCACGAUCGACGCGUACCUCGCGCAGCUGACCCGCCAGGGCUACCUCGAGAAGCUCCGUGCGGGCACCGCCGCUGCAGGGAAGGGCGGGCAGAAGCGCGCUCGCGCGACGCAGGCGCCUGCUGGGGGCGAUGACCAUCUGCAGGCGUUCGAGUGGCGGUGGGGCCCGCGGGCGCUGACGGAGGUGGGAGAGAGGGGCAUCGCGCAGUUCGUUGCGGAGUUCAUGGCAGGUCAGCCUGGGCACGGGGAGGACGAGGACGAGGAGGAAGAUGCGGUGGGGGCGGGGAGGGACGAGGGCACUCAGCGGCGGGUGCAGGUGAUUUAUAAGGGGAUCGAGCGCGCUGCUGCGGGGGGGCAGUUGUUAGAGGCGAGGUGAGGUACCUGUUAGAAUUGAGGCUGGGUUGGUCGCGCCGUGAGCAGCGAUUCUUAGGUUCUUGUGUGUUACUGUGUAGUGCUCUAGUGUACGUCGUUCUGUAUUUCAUUGUUGUAUAGCUGCGGACUA